AUGUCUGAAACAACAACGGUUCAUUUACUAAAUCAAAGUGCAGGGUAUGGUGUGUUGGUUGGUGUUGGAGGUGGAUUCGCCAUUGGCAUGGUUCUUGUAACCAUUCUCUUAAGAAAAUACCUCAAAGAGGAUAACAAUAGUACCGAAACAUUCUCGGUAGCAAAUAGAUCUGUAGGGACCUUAUUGAGUGCUUCGGCAGUCUACUCAAGCUGGAGUUGGGCUACUGAGUUACUUUGGUGCACUACCAUGGUGUACAAUUAUGGUAUUCAAAGUUCUUACUACUACAUGUCAGGAUUAGCAGUUCAAAUAGCGGUUAUGUCGAUGGUCGGUAUUCAUGCAAAAAAGAAAAUUCCACAAGCACAUACAAGUUUAGAGAUUAUUGAAUUGAGGUAUGGUAAAGCAAGUCAUAUCUUAUACAUGUUUCUUGGGUUGAGCAAUAAUUUAUUAUCUUGUUCGAGUAUGAUACUUGGUGCAUCGGGUGCAAUUUCGAUUAUUGCUGGCAAUUUGCAUAUCGUUGCUGCUACAAUCUUGACCAUUUUCAGUGUUUUAUGUUACUCAGUCUAUGGUGGAUUAAAAGCCACUUUUUUAACUGAUUUCGUUCAUACCAUGAUUUUGUUGAUAAUCUUGUGCUACUUGAAUACAUCAGUAUUGUCAAACAUUGGUGGUUUGGAUGCAUUAUACGAUGCAUUAGUUGCCUUUGACAAUUCAGGAACAAGGGAAAUACCUGGAAAUUAUGCAAACAGUGUUAUAACUGGUAAGUCCAAAGGUUCAAUAAUUUUUGGUUUGAUCUUAACUGCUGGUAAUUUUGGCUUGUCGGUGAUGGAUAGUUCGUUUUGGCAAAAAACAUUUAGUGCAUCGCCAAGAGCCACCGUACCUGCUUAUUUGACAGCUGCAUUUUUGAUUGUUUCCAAUGUUUGGCCACUAGGUGCAAUUAUUGGUGGAGCUGCGAUUGUUUUAGAAAAAUCGCCCAAAUUCCCAACUUACCCAAGAGCCAUGACCCAAUUUGAAAUUGAUUCAGGGUUUGCAUUACCAUAUGCGUUGAUGGCAACCGUUGGCAAAGGCGCAGUUGGUGCAUUGUUGCUAAUUGUCUAUCUUGCAGUUACUUCAACCGUUUCUGCACAAAUGAUUUCAGUUUCUUCUAUUUUAUCAUUUGAUAUCUACAAGAAAUAUAUUAAUCCAAAUGCUCAAAAUAAGUCAAUGAUCACCGUAUCCCAUGUUGGUUGUAUUGUUUUCACAUUGGGCGCUGCCGGAUUCACUAUUAUGUUGCAUUAUGUUGGUAUCAAUAUGACAUGGUAUGGAUAUUUUUACCCAUUGAUCAUUUGUCCCGGAGUUAUUCCAUUGAUUCUUUCCAUUACGUGGAGCAAACAAAAUGUAUACGCCGCUUUUAUUUCGCCCAUAUUGGGGAUAGUAUUUGGGUUUAUUGUCUGGACAACCACUGCGUACAAGUUUUACGGUAGUGUUAAUAUUGAGUCAUUAGGUGGUCAAUUACCUGCACUAUAUGGUGCCUUAACUGCUCUAUUUUUGCCAGGAAUUGCUAGUUUAAUCAUAUCAUUUGCUUUCCCUCAUGAAUUUGAUUGGGGUGUUUUGCAAAAAGCACAUCUUUUGGUGAAGGAUACACCCAACGAUAAUGACAGUACCAACGAAUCAAGUAGUGAAGAAUUGAGAGACGAGAAAAGUAAACAAGAUGAAGUUGGUGUUACUGUUGAGUCGGAUCAAAACAGCUCCAAUUUGGAAACGCAAACGACUCUAGGCAAUAGCAACCAACAAUUGACUACAAAACAACUAAACUUUUGGAUCAAAGUAGCUACAGGAGCUUCUAUUUUCAUCUUGUUGAUUAUGUGGGUAUUAUGGCCAUUACCAUUAUACCGUGACUGGAUUUUCUCCAGAGCUUACUUUAAGGGAUACGUCACCGUUGGUAAUAGUAGGUAUAGAUAUCAAAUCGAAUCUGAUUCAUUUGCUAGUAAACAGAAUCUUUUGCAUUUAGGUAAAUUCAAAAAGAUAUUCAUGCUCAAUUUCACAUCAACGGCUAAUUCGUCUCCUCAAAAGGCAAACACGUCAUCAUCAUCAUCAUCAUCAUUAUUGAAUACUAGUUCAAUGAACUACCACCACCAGCAAGAUUCAAGAAAACGACAAUCUAAGAGAGAUGACGCUAUCAGGAGAAGAAUCGAACACGAUUUGAACAAGAAAAAAAGAAGUGGAGGCAGAAUCACUAGACACAGGAAAUCAACCCCGGGAACCGUUUUAUCGUUGAAACCUAGUGAUCCAAUCAUAUGCAAAACUUCAGCCACUGUCUAUGAGGUAUCUCAAUUGAUGACUGCAAAAAGGGAAAACUGUGUAUUGGUGGUGGACGACAUUGGCGAUUUAUUGGGAAUAUUCACGGCUAAGGAUUUGGCCUUUCGAAUUGUUGGCUCGGGGGUAAAUGCUAAUUCAGUGACUAUUGAUCAGAUCAUGACUCCCGAUCCAAUUUGCGCCACUGCAAAUAAUCCAGCAUCAGAAGCAUUAACAAUGAUGGUUGAAAAGGGGUUUAGACACUUACCAGUCUUGGAUGAAGACCACCAGAUUGUAGGCGUCUUGGAUAUUACAAAAUGUUAUGCUCAGCAGAUGGAGAAAUUAGAGAGGAUGCAUGCCAGUUCCAAGAAGUUGUAUGAAGCAUUGGAUUCAGUACACACCGAAAUUGGAAUGGGAGACCAGCCACCACUGCAAGUUUUCCAUUAUUUUGAGAUUUUGAAAAACAAAAUUAAUGGACCUACUUUGGACAAUGUAUUGGACGAAACUACUGAGCCCAUAUACAUCAGCGUUAAGGCAUCUGUUUAUGAUGCAACAGUUUUAAUGAAACAAAAUCGUACAACUGCUGUUUUGGUGAAGGACACAAACGAAGAAGUAGCAGGUAUCUUCACAUCUAAGGAUGUAGUUUUGAGAGUUAUUGCAGCUGGAUUGGACCCAAAAAAGUGCUCCGUAGUACGAGUAAUGACUCCUCAGCCGGAUGUUGCUAACGUUAAAUUACCAAUACAACAAGCAUUAAGGCAAAUGUUUGAGGGCCACUAUUUGAAUUUACCAAUUGUUAAUGAAGAUGGCAAGAUAAUCGGGAUUGUUGAUGUGUUGAAAUUGACCUAUGCUACACUAAAUCAAAUCAAGCAAUUAGAAGCAAAAGAGUUUCCGGUCAUUGCAGAUGGGUCGCAAAAUCUUCAAGACUCAGAAGGUCCUGCUUGGAAUAAGUUUUGGACUUCUUUAGGUCAUGAGGAUUCCGAGUCUGCUCACUCUGGAUCUUUCAUGGAAAGUGGCUGUGCUGCAAGUGCAAGUGCAAGUGCAGAUGCAAGUAUGAAUGCAAGCGUGAAUGCAAGUGCACACAGAUUUGCACAACCGGAACUUCAAGCUUUCAAUGUGGACAUAAAGCCGUCCGAUUCGGUAUCGCACGUUGAAUUAACGCCAAUAAAGGGUUCUUUGGUUGGCGGUUCUGCUGCUCUGGGCUAUAACAAUAGUUUAGCAACUCCCUUUGUUUUCAAAUUUAAGUCACCGGCAAUAGAAGGUAGAGUGCACCGCAUUACAUUAACAGCAAAUGAUGGAGCUGAAAAAUUGAGAUCUCUAAUUGAUGCUAAAUUGCACGAUAAGGAUUACGAGGCAAUUGGAGUUUGCAAAUCGGUACCACCUGUUGAAACAAAUGAUAUUGGCGCUGGGGCAUCAACCGAAAUAUAUGCCAUUAGUUACGUGGACGAUGAAGGCGAUGUCGUCUCCAUUACAUCCGAUAACGACCUAUCUGAGUGUGUUCGAAUAAAUUUGAAGUUGGGGAACGAAAAGGCCGAUUUGUAUUUGCAUAACCCUCAUGAACGUGCUCCAGUAGAGAAUAUCAAAUUGAUCACAAAAAAGAAAAAGAAGCUGCAGGAAAGUAAUUCGUUUAUACCUGGCGUAUCUAACGAGAUUUUGAUUCCAAGUGUAUUGGCAAUCUUGGCAUCAUCCAUCAUUAUUGGAUUUACUAUGAGUAGAAAAUAG